AUGAGUCGUUGUGCCGAUACCUCGGGGUCCGUCAGGCAGAGUGCCAUCCAACGACGCGCCGGGACCUUGGAGCGCCUACGGCAAGAAAGGGGCUUCACGCCCCAAGCUGACGUGCAGCGCCGUAACAAGGCAGAGGUAUCCUACUAUGACUCCCUCAACCACAACCUGACGUCCAUAGUCAAGAGCGGAUCCUACGAAGAGUUGUUUGGUUCGAAUGCCUCUUGCGUACUGGGUCGAGCUGAGACCAUCGGCCCUUACUACGUCGAGGGCGAGCUCAUUCGCAGUAACAUCACCGAAGACCAAAUCGGCAUACCGAUGCACAUGGAGAUACAGUUCGUCGACGUCAAUACUUGCAAGCCAGUUCCCGCACUCUUCAUCGACAUCUGGGGUGCCAAUGCAACGGGCGGCUACUCUGGAGCGGACUCGCCCGCUGGCUUCAGCGGAUUCGGCGGUCUCAACUCCACCUUCUUGCGAGGCAUCCAGAUCACGGACGAACAUGCUGGUGGUCUUGCAACAGACGACACGUUUGUGCGCUACGUAGGGCAGCUGUAUUACGAGCAGAAGCUACGUGAUGCCGUUGACCCAAUCUGGCCUUACAACACCAAUACAGAUAAGGACAACUUCAAAAAUGUGGAUGAUUACAUUCUGGCCGAAAACAAGACGAUCAAUGGCAACACGGUUGGUGACUUGGGGCCUUAUGACCCUUUCCUCAAGUAUGCCUACUUGACGAAUGAUCUGGCGGACGGCAUCUUCGCCUGGCACACCAUAGGGAUCGACAUGGGCGACAACUUCAAUGGCGGCUUUCAAGCGGCUGCCAAAUACGAAGAAGACGGUGGAAGGGCCCUUAACGCAUGGGGUGACGGUUCAAUCACCCCUUAUCCAGCUGUAGUGCCACCCAAGGGCAUGGCCACGACUACUGCGAUGGGUAGCAGUGCUACGUGA